AAGAAAUCAAUAAUUGUUUACAUGUCACCGUAGCAACUAAAUUAUCAAGUUGCAUGUUUUGUUGUGUACCGUAAUCGUGCCAUAAUGGAUUAAAAUAAUUUUGACUUUAACUAAACAGAUCAAUAAAGGGAAGGUAAUUCAAGCGGAUCACGCGAUAUGACCGAAUCUAAGAGACCAAGUAAAAAUUCAAAAGGCAAGAAAGAGAAGAAAGCCCAAAUAGACGCCACCGUUGAUGACAGCUCCAGCUUGUCCAGUGUGAGCCAAGAAGAUGAGUCCCUUGGUCAAAUAGGCCAAGGAGUAGGGACGGCAUCCAUUACCAUAAACCGAGAGGAAUAUCUUCUGGCUUACAAGGAUCUGAUUUUCGAUCGUAACCACGUACAAAUAAAGAACAAUUUGCUUCACCGACGCCUUGCUGAAUAUUAUAAGAAAAGAAAACUUGAGCACGUUUUAAAACCGCUGGAAAAUGUACCGCACUUGGAAGAAAAAUAUCAACAAAAACUAUUUAGUUUUCAAGAGUUAAAAGAAAAGGAAGAACAUGAAAUGGCUGAUAUAAAAGCGAAACUAAACACAGUUGAAGCUGAAUAUGCAGGCAAGCUGGAACAAGCGGAGAAAAAUUUUGACGAACUGCAACACUAUGAGAGAACCACUGGUUCAGGACUUAUAUAUUCAAAGAAAGGCAAACCUAUUGCAGAUAAGACUGUUGAACGUUUUCUUACAUUGCAAAGAUCUAAAAGCGAACAAACAUCAGCCCUUCGUCUACGCUAUAUAAGAGCUAGAAACGCUGUCAAUGAACUGGAAUCAAUCGUUCGUAAAUUGGAAGUUAUAGCGCCAGGACUAAACGUUGCUCAAUACGAACAGCUGGACAUUGAUAAGCAAAACUAUUUAUCAAAAAUAGAAGAACGCGAAGAUGAACUCAUUAAGAACAGGACAAAUUGUACCGAGCAUAACCAAAUGCUUGCCCACAUAAGGGAGAAAAUGCAUCACACUGAUGAAGUCAUAGAUUUUGCUGAAUGUGAUCUUGGGGAUGCUGAAAUUGAACUUCUGCGAGCUAGAGAGGAAUUGGGAAAUGUUAAGGGUAGACGCGACAAGCUUCGUUGGUCUCUCGAGGCAGAACGAGUGAAAGCCGGUUUGCUCACCAGAAAGGAUUUGUUGCGUGAUUUCCAAGACGCCAGCGACGAGGUUGUAAUGCUAAGGGAGAAGAAGAAACUACUUGAGGAGCAAAUCGCUGAAACAACGAAGAAAUUACGGGAUGCUAGACAUAAAGUGCAACUUCAUACCGUAUUAGACGAAAUAUCGCAUGAUACCAAUGAUUUUAUAUUAUAAAAAAAUGAUAAACAUGAAGUAGACAUGUUACAUUUGUAUCUAUGGUGAAGACGACUUACUAGGACACUUGGUUCACAUUUUAUUACAAUAAAGCGCUAUCUCUUUCA